UGUUCAUUCCACGUACCUGAUCUAGUGACACGCCUAUCAUUCCACUGAAAAAUGUUUGUAUCCAAUGUUCGUUAUACCGUGAACCAACGAAACGCGACACCAUACAUACGCAUAUGCACAUAGAGGUACACAUAUAUAUACACAAACGUAAUUUUAUAGUCUCUUGUAAGCAAGUAAAAACCUCGGUUAGCAGGUAUUACGAUCGAUCAAUCGGUGAAACAUAUAGAUGUGUAGAGUUCGUCUCGAUGUUCCGCGCAUUCCAAAUAUAAUAUUAAUACGCGCGCAUGAAACACAUAUCACGCAAUCUCCGGAAAAGUAUAGCAGUAUAACCAAACACAGUAAUGUAACUAAUCACGAGCGAUGAUUACCGCCGACCUGAAGAAUCAGAAUGGCUAAAGAAAUGAAUAUCAGCGCAUGCUCCAAUCACGAUUCUCCAACUACUAGUGCUGCUGACAUAGAAUAUACUGAAUAAGUGUUGUGAAUAAACAGAGUACGCAAAAUGCGACAGUGAAAAACCAACGCCACAAGAAGAAAUUCAUGAGAUUAAAUAGACUAAAAUUACUUCACGCAUUUUUCGUACUGCUAAAUGUUAAUUUUACAAUUUAUUAAACCAUAAUCGUUUUAAGCACAAUACACGAAAUAUAUAUUACGUAUGUCAAACACCGAAUCACAGGGCUUUUACACUGAAUAGAUCGUUGUGAAGUUCUAUAACUAGUCUAAAACGUUUCAAGAUGGCAAACUGAAACCACCAUUUUCAAACUAUAGAAAGUAAGAUGCGGAGGAGUCUCUAAUGCUUCGUAAGCCUGCGAUAUCUUUUUUGAUCACAGAAUUUGUAUAGUGAAGGAAUAAAUUAUUCUACAAUGCUUCUGCGUCGUAAAAUCCUAGGAGUUGCUUUAGCUGGUUCUGUGUCUGCAUUAGUACUCCCUCAAACUAUACUUCUAGAAAAAUAUAAAGAAUUGAAAGCUAAAUACCGCACAAACCAAACAGAAGUACCACUUCAUGAAAAAUGUAAGAACUUAUUUGAACAAGUGUUAGAUGAUAUGAAGUUAUCAGAUGAAGAUAGAAAGCUUAUAAAACCUUUUCAAGCUUUUGGCUAUAAUAUAUUUUCUGCUGGAAUGCUUACACGUUCCAGUUAUGGAGCUAUAAUUGGAAUUCCAAUGACUUAUGUACAGGGAGAUGUAAACGCAAUAAAUAAAUUUCACAUAUCUUUCAAUGGCAAACCUAUAGAUUGGACCAAAGAGUCUGCACAUAAUUUCUUAGAAUCAUUAGCACUCUCAGAGAAUGCUCAAAAAUAUGCAAUUGCUCGAGAAGUCUUGAAAUUAAAAAAGAACUAUUUACAUAAACAAGUACUGAUGGUCGUUCUAAACACUUUAGGACUAUAUUACAUCUAUAGUAGGUGUUAUAAAAAUUUUGAUGUGUUUCAAAGAAGUAGGUUUUUCCGUGUUUUAUUAGGUUCUGUUAUAAUUUUUGUAACAGUUUUUACUACGUUUGCAUUGAAUUGUGACAUAAAUGUUUAUUUAGAGAAAAAACAUGAUGAAGAAUUGUCGAAACUCGGUCCUAACUAUGUUAAAGGUGCCAUUGAAUAUUAUAAUAAACUAUUCAUUAGAAAUAUGGCAUUGAAAGAUUUGUUAAAUGAUGAAAGAAAAAAUCCUGACGUGUAUAAAUAUGAAGAUACUUUUAUAUGGAACAGAGGUGCAUCGCUGCCUGAAAGAAUUCUUUAUUUCGAAGAAUAUUCACAGAUGAAUGCAAAUUAAUAGUUACUUUAUAUAGUAAAAUAAGCAUUUUAUAAAAAAACAAUGUGAAUUGUAAGUAGUAAAAAUUGGUGAUUAUUCAUAUAUGAAGUAGUCAUUAUUAAAUUGACUUUAUUAAUUAACAUGUAGUAAUUAUACAAUUUAUGUACAUGUAACAAGUACAUUGCUGAUAAUGGUUAUUAUUUUUACGAAAUAAAAUAUUAUAAAUUUUCAAACAAAAUUAUCUUACAAAAUUUGAUAUCCUUUACACUGUAUAACAUAAAGAAUCUCAAGAAAGAGCACAUGCAUAAAUUGCAGGCAAUCCUUGUAACAAUAAAUGUUUAUUUUAUUAGUUAAACUUAUAAAUAGUUAUAAAAGUUAUUAAGAACAUACCAUGUUUAUGGAUGAACAGUUCAUAUUUGCCCUUGUAUAGUAGAAGAUAUACUAGAAAGCGAAAUCAUUGUACCUUAUCAAGUACCUACCAGUAAAUAGUGCAAAACUUUUUAUGUUUCUAUAAUUUCUAUAUAUCAUGUAUUUAUAAUUUCGACAGAAUACUAACCGUUUUUUAAAACUACAUAUUUCAUAAAUAAAUGUAAGUUAUUUACAAAUUAAUAUACAAAAGUACUUACACAUUCCUAAAUUAUAUACAUUAUUUUGCACUAUGUGAGACCCAAAGAACCAAGCUGAAAUAACGUGUAAUUUAAAUUUAGGAUA